AGUGGAGGGGCGGGGCCCGUCGCUCCGGGUUUCCUCUCCGGCUCGGUCUAUUCCCCCCCGCCCCCCCUCAGUCCCCGCGGGUUCUUCGCUGCGAAGAAAAUGGCGGCGGCGCCGAGCGGAGACGAGGAGCGAUUGGAAGAAAAAUCUGAGGACCAGAAUCUGCAGGGCCUCAAGGACAAGUCCCCGAAGGCCAAAAAGAUGAAGAAGGAGAAGCAGAGGGAAGCUGAGCCGGCCGAGGCGGGCAAGGCGGAGACGUCCGAAGGAGCGGGGGCUGCCCCGGCUGCCCCCGAGGCCUCGGCCUCUCCCAAGCAGCGGCGCUCCAUCAUCCGGGACCGUGGCCCCAUGUACGACGACCCCACGCUGCCCGAGGGCUGGACGCGGAAGCUGAAGCAGAGGAAGUCGGGCCGCUCGGCGGGAAAGUACGACGUCUACCUGAUCAACCCCCAGGGCAAGGCCUUCCGCUCCAAGGUGGAGCUUAUCGCUUACUUCGAAAAGGUAGGGGACACCUCCCUGGACCCCAACGACUUCGACUUCACGGUGACGGGCCGGGGCAGCCCCUCACGGCGAGAGCAGAGGCCCCCCAAGAAGGCAAAAGCCCAGAAGGGCCCCGGGACGGGGCGUGGGCGGGGCAGGCCCAAGGGCAGUGGCUCGGCCCGGCCCAAGGCGGCUGCCUCGGAGGGCGUGCAGGUCAAGCGGGUGAUCGAGAAGAGCUCCGGCAAGCUGCUGGUCAAGAUGCCAUUCCAGCCGGGGCUGCCGGGGGGCACCGGAGGGGCGGGGGGCUCGGCCACCACCUCAGCGGCCCCGGGGGCGGGCGGGCGGCGGCCGGGGCGCAAGCGGAAGGCGGAGUCGGACCCGCAGACGCUGCCCAAGAAGCGGGGACGCAAGCCGGGGGCGGCGGCGGGGCCUGUGGGGCCAGCGGUGGCCGAGGCCAAGAAGAAGGUGGUGAAAGAACCGUCCUUCCAGGCCGUGCAGGAGACGGUGCUACCCAUCAAGAAACGCAAGACCCGCGAGGCCGUGGCCCUGGAGGUGACCCCCCCGCCCCCCGAGCGCAGCCCCAAGGGACCCCGUCCUGGGCGCCGGAGCAAGGAGAGCAGCCCCAAGGGGCGAGGGGGCAACGCUGCCCCCGCCUCCCCCUCCCCUAGCCGCAAGGAGCCACAGCCGCCCCCCCCACCGCACCAGCCCCCCGCCGAGCCUCUGGCCCAGCCCCCCGCCAGCCCCAAGGACAGCGUGAGCCCCCCCGAGGCUCAGGACUUGAGCAGCAAGGGGCAGCCGGAGAGCGACGGCUGCCCCAAGGAGCCGCCUAAGACUCAGCCGCCAGCUGUGCUCUACAAACACCGAGGGGAAGGGGAGCGCAAAGACGCUGUGUCCACCUCCUCGUCGGCGCCCCGGCCCAGCAGCAGAGACGAGGCAGUGGAUACCAGGACGCCUGUCUCGGAGCGCGUCAGCUGACUUUGGGCGGCCCACGGCUAGCGGGAUGGACGGACAGACAGACAGACACACACACACACCCCCAAGACGAGAGGCAGCUGCUCCCGGGUAGGGCUCCGGCAAAGCACCUCCCCAGCCCCACGGCGCCCCCUGGCUUCCACCCCUCCUCCACUUCUCCCCCCCUCCCCGUUUUUAAUACCAAGAAGCACAGUGAGGGGUGUGGACCCCCCCUGGGUUGGAAGCCACUUUGCACUUUUUCUAUAAGAGAGGGGUGCCCUCCCCGAUGCUUUGCUGCAUAUACUACUGACCAGGCCAGCUGUUUGGUGGGGCUGCCCCCCCAGCUCCUGAACACCCCCCACCGGGCGGGAUGAGGAGGGGACCGUGUGUGUGGAUCCCCCUCUCCCUCUCCCUCUCCAGUGCCAUGUAACGUCGUCGUCUGUUCUUCAGUAUCGAUCCGUGUUUGUUUUGGUAGGGCCCACGUAGGGGGACUCAGCCCCUCUCCCCCAGACUCCGAACAAAGUGGGGGCGCUCAGAGCCUGUUCUUCCCGCAGGGUGGGGGGCCGAGGAACGACAACGUUCUUCCACUUCUUUCUCAAUGUUACUAGCUUAGGAAACCAUUUGCACUAACCAGCCUUUGGCAGGCUGGGGAUAGGGGGUCGGGUGUGAAACUACCUGUAACUCUUGGAUCGGUACCGAGGAGGAGGGAGGGCAAAGCCCUGAGCAUCAAUGGGUUUCUAACGGGGCUGCUUCGGGAGGGGGAAAUCCAGGGCUCUCCAUUAAUACCUGCGCUUCCCCCCAGCCCCAGCUGCCCCCACCCAGCCCCAGGGGCAUGGCUUGUAUGGUCGGGCAGGGGGGAGGGCAGAUGGGAAGGGAAAACCUAGCUGAAACCCCCCCCCAAGGAGGGCUGUGCCUUUUUUUUUUUAAUGAUGGACACAAAGGGUUUAAAAUAAAUUCCUCCCCCCUCCCUAAGGUGAGUGAAAUGGGGAGGGGCCGAUCCCCUCUGCUCAGAGCCCUGCGGCCAAGAGAGAAAUACACCAGAGGCUGAGCUCUGUGCUGUGCAUAGCGGUGCGAUACAGCUCCACCGGCCCAGAACCCAGCCCUCCCCAUUGCAAACCGGAGUGACUCUGCAUUGACCGUAGGGGAGCUGAGAUCAGAACCCAGCUCUGGCCCCGUUGCAAACCGGAGUGACUCUGCAUUGACCGCAGGGGAGCUCAAAUCAGAACCCAGCUCUGGCCCCCAUUGCAAACCGGAGUGACUCUGCAUUGACCGCAGGGAAGCUGAGAUCAGAACCCAGCUCUGGCCCCAUUGCAAACCGGAGUGACUCUGCAUUGACCGCAGGGGAGCUCAAAUCAGAACCUAGCCUUGACCCAUUGCAAACCAGAGUGACUCUGCAUUGACCGCAGGGGAGCUGAGACCAGAACC